AAAAACUACUAUACUAAGAAACAAAACUUUACCUCUAUGUUUGACCUGCCCUGUCCAAUAGUUGUAUCCACCAAUAUUUCCUAGCUAAGUUAAAAGAAAAAACCUUCCAAUAUUUUCUCUUUAUAUGAGAUAAAAUACACUCAGCAAAACAAACACUGCAUAACAAAAAGAAAAUGAAUAUCACAAGAAUUCUCGGUGUAGUCACCACCGUCGUCAUUCUCUACUCCGUGCAAGUCACAGCACAAUUUUUCGGAGACGUUCAACAGGCAAUGAGAUGCGUAGCAAAACUAAUGCCAUGUCAACCGUACAUUCACUUGUCGAUUCCUCCGCCGCCAUUGUGUUGUAAUCCGAUGAAACAGAUCGCCGAGAAGGAUGUGUCGUGUCUAUGCACCGCCUUCAAACAUCCAGACUUGCUCAGGUUCCUUGCUCUCACCAAAGAGAACGCUAUUAAAAUCCUCGACUCAUGUGGUAUUAAUCAUGAUCCGUCAGUCUGCAACAAGACUAAUCCUUCUUCGCCUGCUGCGUUGCCUGAAGCUGCGACUAGUGGGAAUUCUUUCAGCACCAAGAAAAACACAGCUCUAGCCAUCACUUUUUUCGGAUUUUCUUUUGUAUUUCUUGGGAUGAUCAUUUGAUUUUUUUCUUUGUAAUUCUCAGAGACAUAUAUAUAUAUAUAUUUUUUUUU